GACGUCCAUACGAUCUUGAUGUUGUCCUUGUCUUUUGGUGUUGAGGAGAGAGAAAAUCUAUUAUAGUGCACGUGCCUUCGUGAGAGUACUUAAGUAUAUCUCCUGUAUGCAGCUACCAGCUUUUAGCCGGCUUUUCUUGUGCGUAUUGGAGACUUGCACUUGCUUGCUCUUCUACCCGCGAAGGAGAGCAAACCAGCGUCCUGGUCCUGUUCCCUCGCAUUCCUUCGACAAUGCCAGUCCUGGGCUUGUUGAAGGCUGCUGCGGGUUCAGCAGCUAUUCUGAACGAGUCGGUGGCUCCACAGUACACAGCUGAUGUGGUCCGGCUACCCUCGUACAUUGGAGAGGUUCGUAUUCCGCAUCUCCAUGAGCCGCAGCUUGAGGAUUUAAGAGAGGUACGCAACUAAUCUUGGCGGGUCCUACAUGUACUUACACAGUUUGCCCUCACUUUAUACGUUGCAUACAGAACCUUUACUUCCAGGGCAUGAUGGAGAGAUCAGAUGAGUUUCUCUUGUUCUUGAGAAAAACUAUAUAUUAUAACCACUAUCGUCUGGUGGAAAAACUGUGAUAUUAUAUAUAACAUUGACGUCACAGAUCUUGGAUCACCCUGAUACCUUCAUCAGGUCCACGAGGACUCCGCCGCCUCUUCGAACGACUAUCUUCCACAGUACUCUGCCCUGCAAAUAUCCGCCAAGAGGAGUCCAAGGUUUUGGCAUAUGAGGUCUGAGGGUCAUGGACUCUUUCCGCGCGAACAUGAUGACAUCGAGAAGAUUCCCCCGAGAAGUAUCGUGGAAGGUACAGUCGUAGGAGGAGAUCCAUGCUGCGUUACCUGCGGUACUGGUGACCAUAGCUUGGACGACGAAAGUCCAAUCAUCAAGCUCACCAGGAGAAAGAGCCUCGAACGGUUGUCCUUGCUGCAGGAUCCAGACGAUUUGAUGGGACUUCAUGCGCUCUUAGACGAGCAGGGAGAAGAAGACCAAGAAGUAGUAACUUUUGAUCCAUGGUUUGGUGACAACGAGACCUCCUCUGGAACAAGAACCAGAUCUCUCUCCCCUGCUUCGAGGUCACCUGGAACAUCUUCUUCUAAGAGCACUUUCCUUAGAACUGGCCCCCAAGGGGAUAGGGAUUUUUCAUCAUCAUCUCCGAAGAACAAGUACUAUUCGAUCGACCAUGCACAUGGUUUUUGUGGCGAGACGUGCCUCUACGAUUGGCAAUAUCCGAUACUGAAGGUCUUCGAGCCUGGUCUCACUUUAUGAUCACCGAAAAUAUACCAGAAGUACUUCGUCCUCGUUCUUGUGGUUGAGUUGGUCGCCUUGGCCUUCUUAAGAAGCAGUAGGAUAAGUUUCACUACCUGCUUGUAAAAGAUAGACGGUCUACAACUAGAUAAUCUCGUGGUAGAAUUCUUUGUGUGCCUCUUCUCUAAUACCCAAAGUCUCCAGCGACGAAGGUGGCAGAACCGCACGCAUCUGUGCGGAGAAGGGCUACAGCCAGUAUUCGGAAACUGUGACGCAUGGCGCUGGCCCUAUCAAAGUCACUCUAGAUCUCUAUGCACCUACCGCCCUGGGAGAUCGGACGAGCAAGCAGGUGGUGAAUAAACAUGUUCUUAAUGGUGAGGCAUCUACUUCUUCAAACGGAACAAGGUCAACUAGGACUGUGUCUGUGCUGGACAAGGAUUUGCAGAUUUAUUAAGUAGUCUGUGUUGUGAAAGACCGCGGCCUCAAAAAACUUUUAUCAUAUCUGUGUAGAAAAACAAAAAGAAUAUGUCACUCGAAACGCAAACUUUUGGCACUUUCUUACUAUGUGUAGUUCAUUGAUGGAGUCUCUUCCGUUCAGCAUCAGUGACCGUUGCAUGCUGAGCUUUAAUGUUGGGAAUACAGUUGUACCAUCUUCUUCUUCAUGUAGUGCGUAUCAACAUCAUCGGCAUAGCAUACAUUGUACAACAUGUGGUCAGAGUUUGUUUUUCAUCGCGUCGUGAAACAGCGAUUCAGACUGCCUACAACUGUCAUCUUCUGCUAAAAAA